UAAUCUUUUUUAAUCAGAAAAAUAUAUUAAUGAACAUAAAAUAAUGAAAUCAGUCUGGAUUAUAUCCGUCCUUAUACCAAUAUAGUUGUAAGGUAUAUUUUAAAAUAUACAUAUAUAAUUUUUUGGCUGCACAGCAUGCAGGAUCUUAGUUCCCUACCAGGGAUCGAACCCAGGCCCCUGCAGUGGAAGCACGGAGUCCUAACCACUGGACCUCCAGGGAAUUCCCUUAAAAUGCUUUUUUGAGGAACAGGUCAACAAAGGCGAAACUGCCUAGGGCCCAUAGAUGUCAUAAUGCAACCACGUGAGGAAGGCACCCAGACUUCAGCAUCACAGACAGGGCUGCCCAGUUGGAUCUGCCACCUAGACAGCCCCUAUGCACUGCCACCAUCCCCACCCCACCCCAAAUAAAGCCAGGAAGUCCAGCCUUGGUGCUGACGGAGGCUGACCGAGGCUUCUGGCCUAGCCCCACCUCCUACCAAGGGCCCUUUACUAGGAGUGCAGAGGUGGCUCUGCUCUCUGGCCCAGCCCUCUAUCCCAGAGCCUGCCCCCAGACUGGGCGGGGCCACCCCUACAAAAGCUCAGAGUUUCCAGCAGCAGCUUCUUCCUCCAAGAGUCUCGGCACAGCUGGAGCCAGAGUUAAGGAACAGAAUCUUGCUGAGCCCUGCAUAGGCCCUCAUCCUGGGGUCAGGAAGUUUGGAGAAUGAGGCCUUUCAGCCCUGAGGUCAGCAGGGACAAGUGGGCAGACUGGUUUCCCUAGGUCUUCCCUGUGCCAUGGCAGCCCACCUGCUUUCCAUCUGCACCCUCUUCCUGAACUUGCCCGGCAUGGCCCAAGGCUCCAGGGACCCUGUGGUACCCAACUGGCCCUUCAUCACCGUCUGGAAUGCAAACACCCAGUGGUGUCUGGAGAGGCAUGGAGUGGAUGUGGAUGUCAGUGUCUUUGAUGUGGUGGCCAACCCGGGGCAGACCUUCCGCGGCCCUAACAUGACCAUUUUCUACAGCUCCCAGCUGGGUACCUACCCUUACUACACAUCUGCUGGGGAGCCCGUGUUUGGUGGCCUGCCCCAGAAUGCCAGCCUGAAUGCUCACCUGGUCCGCGCAUCCCAGGACAUCUCGGAUGCCAUACCUGCAUCCAACUUCUCAGGGCUGGCAGUCAUUGACUGGGAGGCAUGGCGUCCACGCUGGGCCUUCAACUGGGACACCAAGGACAUUUACCGGCAGCGCUCACGGGCACUGGUACAGGGGCAGCACCCUGACUGGCCUGCUCCUCGGGUGGAGGCAGCAGCUCAGGACCAGUUCGAGAGGGCUGCGCAGGCCUGGAUGGCAGGCACCCUCAAGCAGGGACAAACGCUGCGGCCUCAUGGCCUCUGGGGCUUCUAUGGCUUCCCUGACUGCUAUAACUAUGACUUUAAAAGUCCCAACUACACCGGCCAGUGCCCACCAGGCAUCCGUGCCCAGAAUGAUGAGCUGGGAUGGCUGUGGGGCCAGAGCCGUGCCCUCUACCCCAGCAUCUACCUGCCUACAGCACUGAAGGGCACAAAGAAGGCACAGCUGUAUGUGCAGCACCGUGUGGGUGAAGCAUUCCGUGUGGCUGUGGGUGCUGGGGACCCUGAUCUGCUGGUGCUGCCCUACGUCCAGAUCUUCUAUGACAUGACUAACCACUUUCUGCCCCUGGAGGACCUGGAGCACAGCCUGGGGGAAAGUGCAGCCCAGGGAGCAGCAGGAGUGGUGCUCUGGGUGAGCCAGGAGAACACAAGAACCAAGAAAUCAUGCAAGGACAUCAAGGCGUAUGUUGACACGACGCUGGGGCCCUUCAUCCUGAAUGUGACCAGCGGGGCUCUUCUGUGCAGUCAGGUUCUGUGCUCUGGCCAUGGCCGUUGUGCCCGGCGCCCCAGUCACCCAGAGGCCCACCUCCUCCUCAACCCCACCAGUUUCUCCAUCAAGUCCACACCCGGUGGUGGGCCCCUGACCCUACGAGGUGCCCUCUCACUCGAGGAUCGGCGGCGGAUGGCUGUGGAGUUCAAAUGUCGCUGCUACCGUGGGUGGAGGGGAACAUGGUGUGAGCAGUGGGGCCUGUGGUGAUUGGCACAUGCACACGCUGAAUACCUAAUGCGAUCUGGGCCUGGCUAUGGCUUUCUCAAGUACAGGCAGUCACAUGAGUCAUGGUCACGGUCAGAAGUAUACUCAGGCACUCUGAUGAGCAUAUGCCAGCACAUACACACCUGCUUACAGACCAAGAUAGUUGCAUAAGGAGUAACAGCCUUGGGCACCCACCCAGCAGAGUCAAAAAUAUUUCCUCCUGAGACACUAAGCCAGUCUUUGCAGCAACCGCAAGGACUGACAUUCGGGAUAUCUCUGGCGGUUCAGUGGUUAAGACUCCGCACUUCCACUGCAGGGGGCGGGGGUUCCAUCCUUGGUGGGGGAAUGUAGAUCGCGCUGUGGCUGUGGCGAGAUUAAAUAAAAAGAGAAACUGACAUUCGCCGGGCGUCUACCUUUUCCAAGUCCUGUGCUAGGCAUUUUAAGUGGGCUAACUUAAUUGUGCAAUCCUAACACGACGCCAUGAGAAAACUGAGGCGCACACAGGGACGGUAAGCACUUUACCCAAGAUUGCACCACCAGAAAAUAGAGCAGCUGAGAUCCAAACCCAUGCUGUCUGGCCGUGGAGGUAGCGCCCUUUGGCUCCUACUGUAUGUCGACGAUAACCAGCCCUGCACUACAACCUAAAUCCGUAACAGCCUCGCAAAUAAAGCACACAUGAUUCUAACUUCAA